GUCGAGGCCUGAGCCGGCUGCGCUGAUUGGUCCAUCAGGCUUGUUGUUAAACACAUGUGCCCCGGAUGUAGAUCUGAACCAGCUCUGCUACGAGAGAUCCACUUAUUGAUACCUGCGGUCCACUUCGGCUGAGACGAUGUCUGACAGUGAUGGCCCGGCACAUGAGCCUGCUGGACUGGAAGGUCUGCCUCCAAUACACAGCAUUUCAAAGGGAGAGGUGGUCUCUGUGCAGACCUACGGAGCCUUUGUCAGACUGCCAGGAUACAAGAAGGAAGGCCUGGUGCAUGUGAGUGAGAUGUCAGCCUCGCGGGUUGAGAAUGCCUCAGAGAUUGUCGAUAUGGGGGAAAAGGUGUGGAUUAAAGUCAUUGGGAGAGAGAUUCAGGGUGACAAGGUGAAGUUGUCCUUCUCAAUGAAAGCCGUCAAUCAGGGAACGGGGCAGGACUUGGACCCAAACAAUGUUAAUUCAGAGCAGGAUGCGAGGCGACGUAAGCAGUUUAGAGAUCACACAGGAAACAGGAUCACACUGGAGGCUGUACUCAACACAACAUGCUCAAAGUGCGGCUGCAAGGGUCACUUCACAAAGGACUGUUUCUCUGCUCCGGGCUUGCAGUACGCUCUGUUGCCUGAUGAGGACGAUGCAGAGCCACGGCAGCAACAGCAGCAGACCCCCACGGUUGCACCACAGCAAGACUCAGACAAAAAGAAGAAGAAAAAGAAGGAGAAGAAAAUGAAGAAGAAGAGGAAGAGGGAGAGGAAGGAGUCGGAGAGCGACAGCAGCAGCAGCAGCAGUGGCGAGUGCAAAUCCAAGAGGAGGCGCCACGAGCACACUCACGACAAAGAGGACAAAAAGAAGAAGAAGCACAAGAAACAUAGAUCACACAAACACAGCUGAGACAGCUCUAGACACUCACACUGCAGCUAUCAGACAGACGCAAAAGGGGAAGUGGGUAGCGGAUGGAGUGACAGACAAUAAUCUUGCCACUGAAAGCUCAUUAUAGAAACCUUCAUCCAUUUAAGUUAAGUUUUCCUUAUUGUCUCUCCAUGCUAUUGGAAGCACAUUCAGACUUCCUGUCAAGUUUAAAUAAUCACAGUAGAGAGAAAGCGCUGCAAACACAAAAAUCAGGUGACAAGGCCCACUUGUCCUUAAGUAACCUCAGGCUCCCCCCUCAGAGGGAGGUGUUUACACAUCAUACUGUAUGUAACCAGAUAGGUGUAACCAAUAAGGCAGUGAAUGGAUAUCCCUCUUGGAAUCAAGAUAUUGUUUUACAGCUAUCCGGCUCCAUUAAGCCGACAAGGAGACGGUAAAGCUGAAUCAUGGGGGGGUCUAACAUGAAAACCCUUCAAAUAAUUCACACACACACACAGACAGGAAGUAGUAAAGACAAACAGGACGUGUAAUGCAGCACAAGUGAGCAUGAAAGGAACUUGAAGCUGUUAUGAUAUCCUGAGGUUGUCUGCCGCUUAUUGUCCGUUUGUGUACAUGUAUUUUGGGACUGCUUGCAGUACACACAACCCCUCCUUCCUGCAUGUCAGCUGUUAACUCCAUUAAAGGUGUUUUUAUUUGUGAAGAUAAAAAAAAAAGUCUC